GGGACUACCAGUUUACCGAGCUAGAAGGACAACACAUAUUGAUAUAGAGAACCAGCAAGAAAAUGUAUAUUUACAAACAUAUUGUAGUUCUAAUUGUCUUCGCGACAUUUUUGGUUGAUCGAACGCUUACUGAUACUUCCACAAGUGGUGUAUUACCAGGGAUCCCUCAAACCAACAGUGGUACUGAAAACACAACUUCCGGUGCCACUUAUGGACCAAUACCAGGGAUCCCUAAUACCAACAAUGGUACUGAAAACACAACUUCCAGUGCCACAAAUGGACCAAUACCGAACACCAACGUAGUCAGCAACUUCACAACAGCAGCAGGAAACCAGCUUCCUAAAUAUUGGCAAGAUUUUCAAAGCUUUCUUCAAAAUCCAAAAUAUCUAAAUGUAAUUGAGAAACAAAUCGGAGAUUUCAUUAAAUCUAACAAUGUGUCGUUUCCUAUCUCUAUCAUGACCCCUGAAAAUCUACAAAAAGUCCUCCAGUUACUAGGACCAGGUUCUGGCUCCACCAACCUACAAGGACUUUCUCAGUAUGCGGGAUUGCUCGGGAACAUCUCAAACGAAAUCCGGAAUGUCACUGAGGAAUUGGAACAAAACAUUGGUCCUCAGUGCUACAGCCACUUACAAUUUCUUGUCUCGGAACUCAUGAAAAGGGAACAAUGGGCGAUAAAAAUGGUAGAUGCAGCAGGUAAAAUUCCGUCGGGACUUCUUGAUGGUAACGUGGCGUGGACUGGUUCCUUUGACGAGUGUCUGGCGGUGAAUGCCGGGAAGUUUGAUGGAAAAUAUUGCACAGCGUCUCUUCCACUCACAGACUUAUUGGGAACAGCCAGUCCUAUUCCGGGAGGCAUCACGGUAAGAAUGGGGAUUUGUAUUCCUGACAGCUGCACUUCAAUUGAAUCGCAAAAGGUGGUGAAUAUCUUGUUAAGAAUGGUGCCACUUGGACAGUCUAAACUCCAGGCAUCCUCAGUGGAAUGUUCAGAAGAUCUGGAGUAUGACGCCGUUGGUAUAGCAGGAUUUACAGUGUUUGGAGUGUUUAUUGCUCUGAUGGCCCUGUCGACUUUAUUCGACUUACUGUACAAUCAUUAUCAGAAACAGUCUCGUGAGACGACCCCGAAAGAGAAUGGAGUUGCAUCCGAGAACAAAUACCAUGUGAACGGAGAUCUGGAAGAGAAACCUAAAAAAACAAAACAACAAGGUAUACUACCGAGACUGGCCUCGUCGUUUUCGGUGUACACAAAUAUCCGAAAGUUGAUGAACACAGAACAAGCAAGUGGCGCCCUAAGUGCCGUCAACGGAAUUCGAUUUCUGAGUAUUUCCUGGGUGGUUCUAGGACAUACCUUUGGGUUUGGUCAGUCCGCUAUGCAAAACAAGACAUUCGUUCCGGACUUCCUCGGCAACUGGACAUCAAUAGCUCUAGCAAAUGGUCUACUGUCUGUCGAUUCCUUCUUCACUCUCAGUGGACUUCUGGUGUCCUACCUGUUCAUGAAGGAGAUGAAAAGAGAGAAGGGGCGUAUCAACUGGUUCAUGUUCUACUUCCACCGAAUCUGGAGACUUACCCCUGCCUAUAUGCUGGUGAUGUUUCUGGAUAUGUCGCUCUUUCGCUAUCUUGGAGAUGGACCUUUCUUUUCAAAAGAUGGUCCGGAUGGAAAGUUUUGCCGUAAGAAUUGGUGGACGAAUAUCCUAUAUAUCAACAAUCUCGUCAAUUCCAAGGAGAUGUGUUUCGGUUGGUCGUGGUAUCUGGCCAAUGACAUGCAGUUUUACGUUGUGAGCCCUCUCCUUCUGGUGCCUCUUUAUUUCUCCAAGAAGAUUGGUCUUGCAGUAAACUUUUUGACUCUGUUGGGGAUCGCCAUAUUGACAGGGGUGGUGUCCAGCUAUUAUGAUCUACUACCUACAAUAAUAUCAACCGAUAUUACCGCCAUGGGAAGUACUACUCAUUACUUUUACGACUACUACGUAGUUCCUUGGUGUCGCAUGGGACCUUAUAUCGUUGGCAUAGUAACCGGGUACAUCAUCUACCGGACUGAUGGCAAAUUCAAAAUACCAAAGGCGAUCAACUUGUUGAUAUGGGUUGCUAUGGCGAUUACCGCUUGUGUUGUGGUGUACGGAAUAUCCGGUCCGGUGACCGGAAACCAGUGGGACAAUGGCGUGGCCGCGCUUUAUAACGCCGUUCACCGCUCUGUAUGGGGCAUGUGUUUGUGCUGGGUUAUCUUCGCCUGUGUCACCGGCAAUGGAGGUCUCGUUAACGACUUUCUGUCGUGGAAGCUGUUCGUCCCCCUCGGUAGACUCAGCUAUUGUAUCUACUUGACCCACGUACUCGUCAUUUACUACUACUUACAAACACUGCGGCAGCCAUUUUACGCCACUACUCUGGAAUUCACUUUCACGUUCCUUGGGACAUUAAUGCUGUCCAUUCUGACGGCCAUCGCCGCCUCGCUGGCCUUCGAGAUUCCAAUGAUGUCGCUAGAGAAAAUCAUCUUCCGACGAGGAAAACAAUAAUACGACUAGAAUAGAUAUAGGAUGUAUAUAGUUCAGUUUGUUGUCUUCGUAUGAAAACUGUUGUUAUACAGUAGGUCACAGAAAAAUAAUGUUGAAAAAAUACAGGAACGUUCAAAAGCAAGAAAUAACUCGGUAAUUUGGUUUUCCCCUGUACACAUUCCCCUUACAAAUCUUGAUUGCGAUUAAGCAAUAACCAAAUCUAAAACUGAUCUUCAAAAUAUUGAUUCUGAGCUAAAAUUAAAGAUUGCAGUAGUCAUAUCAUUAUUGUUGCAGCGGUCCGAUCGAAUUACCUGGGUGUACAUGGAUUUAUGCCGUCUAUAUUAUGUAUUUUUCAUUAUAUCCUUUCUGCAUUAUUGUCGAUAACAAUGGCCUGUCGGAUGAAACAGACAUAUAUCCUGCUAUACUAUAUUGCUCUAUGAAUGCUGAAAUUAGAAUAGUGUCGUUUGAAAUAAAUGCACAUACAUGUGUGUAUAAUA